AUGGGUGGAUAUGGGAUGGGAGGCAUGGGUCUAUAUGGUGAGCAAGAUUCAAAUAAUCCCUUUGGUGCUCCACCAUCUCCUCUAGGGUUUUGGAUUUCCUUCCUCCGUGUACUUUUUGAUCGCACAGGAGUAUUGUAUGGGGAAAUAGCUAGAUUUGUGUUAAGAUUGCUCGCUAUCAAAACAAAACCCCGAAAGAUCAAUCAGCCAGGACCCGGCAGAGUCCUAGGACCCCAUAACCAUCAUGGGAAUCAAAACUAUAUUGACGCUUCAAAGGCUGCUCCAAGUGUUGCAUGGGACAACAUAUGGGGAGAAAACAUUAGUGCUUAG